AUGGUGUCGUCGGAAGAGCAUGUGCAGGUACUAUCCGAAGAGAUGGAAGUUCUAGAGAGUAUCUACAUUGAGGAGCUAGAAAAGCAGUACCCAGAUGAAACACCAACGCUUAGUAUCAAGGUUCUGGAAGAUGAAAAACAGAUACUUGGAGAGUCACUGCCACAGACAUCACCUGAGGAAGAGCUUGAAAAUAACCAGAGUGACCCACGGGAGGGAGUGCAAUUUUUGCAAAAGGAACUUGAACAGGUAGCAAGCGAGUCGCUUGGAAUGCCGAUGGUCUUUACAUUAGCAUCGCAUCUCCGCGAGGCACUAACAGACUACAUGACUCGGCAGGCACAGCAAGCAGAAAAAGACGCACAGAAGAAGCGGGAAGCUGAGCUACGUGCAGAGGAAGAAAAGUUCCGAGGCACGGCCGUCACGUUGGAGCGCUUUAAGGUCUGGCGCGUUGAGUUCAUGAAGAAACAGGCAGCGCUCAAAGCCGAAAAGGAAGAGGCACAUAUUGCAUCACUCACGCCGAAAGAACGUGAAGAGUACCGUCGCAUGAAAGCAAAACCUACGGGGCGAGAGAUCUUCUCCAAACCCGAUGCACGCGUGGAAGAAGAAAAGGUGACGGACGAAAGCGUCAAGGAAGUCGACUUUUCGUUGUACUCAAGAGAAGAACGCGAGAAGCUUGCGCGAGAGGGUGAGGAGCAACGAGGUGAAGAAGAUCAAGGGUAUGUAGAAGAUAUGGACGAAUAA